UGUUCUAUUGUUAACAGAACGUAUAUACAUAAACUUUCUGUUUUCGAGACUUCGAUAAAAAGAAUGGAACUGUUGACGUGCCUCACACUUCUCGCUUGGAUUUCGUUUGUCGUGACUGUAAAUGCAAGUACAUUAGAACCCAAUAAGAUGACGAUAGUAGUGCUGAGUCAAAAAGAAGGCUACAAUGCGGCCCAUGCUGAUCAUAUGAGAAAAAGCAUCUACGAGCAAGCUGACACUCUCGAAGGAGAAUUGCCACACAUUGUGUUGUCUCAUGAACUCGACAUCAAAGGUUCCUGGACAAUAGUUCCACUGUUGAUUCCUCUGUCGAAUAAAUUUCCAGAUGUGGAAUGGUUCUUUUUUUGUUUAGAAAAUACUGUGAUUCGAUUAGAAAAGCUAUUAAAUGUGCUUGGAAAAUUCAGCGCGUCCCAGGAUGUAUGGUUUGGACACAUGCUUUAUGAUCGUGAACCUACUAUUAUUCACCAUUUUGCACAGCAUGCUAAAAAAUUUAGGUAUCCACACAUUGCAUCUGGAUUUGCUAUGAGUGCUAUGCUAUUAAGAAGAUUGUCUAAACAAGUGUCUGAGGGUAACGAACUGAAGACAGAUUUCUCUAUCGACGUAUCGUAUGAAUUUGCGAAUUUUGUCUUAAAUAGCACUGGUGUGAAGUUGCAUCAUGUGUCUAAAUUUUGUAUUGUGUCCGCCUCUGACUGUGCUACGUAUCCCCGAUUCUUCCAUUCUUGUAGUUCUUCUGUAACUCAAGAAAAUAUUUAUUUUGCUGUUAAAACUUGUGCCAAAAAUCAUUUAGACAGAAUCCCAGUAGUUAAAAACACAUGGGCCAAAUAUGAUUUGAACAUUGGAUAUUUCAGUGACGCAGCCGACAAAAAUUUACGGGAGGCAUACAUUGUUCCGAACACUACUACAGGACAUUGUGCUAAAACUUACGCGAUCUUGCAAGAAGCCACCAAAAUACUAAAAAAACGCAAUAUUAAUUGGCUUGUCAUUGUCGAUGACGACACUAUAUUCAGUGUAGUACGUUUAUUAAACUUGCUUACGUGCUACAAUUCCAAGCACUCAGUCGCGAUUGGCGAGCGUUAUGGUUUUCGUAUAUGGGACAGUCAUUAUGGCUAUCCAUACUUAACUGGCGGUGCAGGAGUUGUGUUGUCUGCUCCCUUAGUUCAUCUGAUGGUAGAAUCGGGCGUAUGUACUUGCCCAUCUACAACUACUCCCGAUGAUAUGCAUCUUUUUGGACUUUGUUUGCUACAACUUGGAGUAGAUGUCGUACAUUCUUCGAUGUUCCAUCAAGCACAACCAGUAGACUACGCUCACGCUUAUUUGGCAUCUCAAGAACCUAUAUCAUUCCACAGAUUCUGGUCAGUUGAUCCUGAAGCUGUGUACAAUGAUUGGUUUGCAGAAGCAGACAGAAUUUUACCAAUUGCAGCCACAACGAAACAUACAGAAUUGUAAUUAUAUAUAAAUAUAUAUAAAACAAAAACUUUGUAUAAAAAUUUGCAAUAAAAAUUUUCUUAUUUUUGUAUUUAUAA